AUGUUCCGAAUGAAGUCUCUCACGCUUCUGAUGGCCAUUGGUGCGGCGCUGGUCCUCUGCCCCGCCCUUUCCUUGGCCGCCGAAAAUGUCAAGCGGCUCUAUUCUGCGUGUGGUGUCACAGAGCACUCCAUCUCGGCCAGUGCACAGUCGGCGUCGACGCUGUACAACUUUUCGGCUCGCACGCAGAGCUUGACACUGAACUGCCUGGCGUACGAGGUUGUGUCCGUGAAAAGCGAUCAGACGGACAAGGACUACUGCCUCAUUGCACACCAGACCGACUACGUGUACUCCCUCGCCCUCCAAGCUGUCUACACCACGGACAACGGCACUGCUGUCACACGUAACUUCUCGAUUCGCGACAUGACAGGCGGCUCUCUCACAGAGCUGACUGCGCGAAUGCCCGCACGCAGCCAGUUCUCCAUCGUCUUCACCAACCUUGCGACAGACACACGGUGCAACCUGCAGGUGCGCGCAUUCCUUUCGUACGAGGUGGCGGAUACAGGGAGUUUGGGGUACAACAUACCGACGGUGGUGGCGGUGGAGCCACGCACAGUGUACUCAAAUCACGCCGGUCGCAGCGUUCUUGUGCUGAGCCAUGGUGACGGUCGGAUUCCGGAGAGCACCGAAAUCGUCUCGCUUGUCGACUUAUCGCGAGGGACGUGCGAGCAGCAGGAUGGAGACGUGCUCUACAUGGACUACUACACCACACUACCAGCCACAGUCCAUCUUGACGGCAACCGGACCCACUUCAGCGCGCGCGGCACCACCUUCCACGAACCCAACACGUAUCGUGUGUGCUACCGCGCGAACAACAGCGACGUGGCAACGCAGAUAGCUGUCAUCACCGUGUAUGCCGGGAACCCGGCGUACUACGACAUCGUUGACGGCCUCACUGAAAAGGGCGAGGUUCUGGUCGGCGUCAAGACAACCAUCAAGUUCUACGGCUAUGACCUCGACACCCGCAAGAACGGCGACGAAGCUAAGUUCGUGAACUUUGCGGAGGAAUGUGACGAGGGAAGCCCCGCCGGUGGCGUCGUCCUUGAAGAUGACUUAAAGCCAGAAGACAACCAUGGGCCGAACACCACCUACUCGCUGUGGAGGUGGACCAUGACUGAAGGCGGCUCCUACAAGGUGUGCUACAAGCGCAAGGCCGCCAAUGUGUGGACAGAAGUACCAUUCAUCGAGGACGUCACCAUCGCAGACAAGCCCGAGGGCCCCAUCCCCGAGGAGCGCAUCCCCAAGCCGACGGAUCCCUCCAUGCACACGGAGUGUCCCAUGGCGACCCAAACGGCGGAGCAUCCGUGGCCCAAGUUUAAGAGUGUUGAAAUCGUUCUCAUGGCGGAGAGGCUGCCCAACAACUUCCUGAGCACUCUGAGCAACCUCCUCUGUCUGAAGCGGUCCAUGUUCACUCUGGCUCACCUAAAGCACAACAGCGAGGGGAAGCAAGUUGUCUUCUUGGUGCUGAACUGCGAGGAGAACGAGAAUGCAACGGCACGCGAGUGCAGCUCGAUCGAGCGCCUGAACUAUUUUGUAUCCAUGUCGAGGAAGCAACUCGAGAACCACGGGAUCGCAUCGGUGCAUGGCAGCACACACAUGCUAGCCUUCGAUGACAACAAGAGCAGCAAAAUGCUUGGGCUCAUUGUACUCGGUCUGAGCAUAUUGGCCGCAGCCAGCAUGGUGGUCUUCGCCGUAGGCCGCUAUCUAGAGCGGCGCCACCACUUUGUCCAGUUUGGCCUGGACGACGACGAAAUUGACGACAUGUACGACUUCAACGCAGCACCGACGUCUGCCAUGCGCAACCAGUACAAUAUGGUAGCUCAGACAGAGCCGACCCGCAUCCAUAACGCUCUCAUUGAGAUUGAAGACUAG